CACAGGCCAUUUUCCACUCAAUAUUAAAAAACCCAGGACACAAACAGCAAAGUUACACACAAUGAGCGACAUAACAACCACCCCCUCGUUUGGGAUGCUCUCUGCAGCAGGAAAACCAUCUAAGUUCAAGAGGACCAGACCAACAGAUCCUUCAACUGACUAAUUCAUCACUUCACCUUUGUUUGAUUUACGCCGAUAUCACAAAGGAGGGCUUUUAAAAGCAAUGCCCAGGAGAGAGGCCUGUAGUGAUGGGGAGCUUAGGGUUGUGGUGAUUGGCAGCAGUGGUCACUCACAGUUUUCCCUCACCAACUCCAUGCUGGGAAAGGAGGAGUUCAGCAAGGAUGUCUGCAACAUCUCAGCGAGCAGGAAGAACCUGGCGGAGCUGGCAGGCAGGAGGGUGGCAGUGGUCAACGGGCCGAACCUUUACGAGAAGAACAUGUCCAAGGCCAAGAUGAAAGAGGAGCUGAGGCGAGCCAAGUGCCUGUCCGCCCCGGGCCCCCACGCCUUCCUCAUGGCGUUCGACCUGGAGAGAAUUAGCCCCAACGACAUCAAGACCCCCAAAAUGGUGAAGAAACGCUUCGGGGAGAACUCCCUGAACCACUGCAUGGUCCUCCUGGCUUACGAGGGUAGUCUGGAGGGCACGCCGCUGGAGGACCGGGUGAUGCGCCCCGACGGGCACCUGCGGGAGCUGCUGGAGCAGUGCGGCGGUCGCUACCAUGUCUUCAACAAGAACUGGCAUGACCGCAGCCAGGACCGGGUGUUGGUGCACAAGAUCGAGAGGAUGGUGACCAACCUAGGCGGCCACUACUUCACCAGCGGCUCCUACCAGCGGGCGGAGGACUGCGUGCAAAAGGAGGAGAAGAGGCUGCGGAAGAAACGAGAGGGGGAGACGCAGCGGGCCUGGACCGGGCUGGAGCAGCAGUACCGGGGGGACGAGCUCCGCUGGCAGAUUGACAACUACAACGCCAGCGUCGGGCAGGAGAUUCGGGCCAAGGCCGAGCUGGACAACCGCUGGCUGAGGACCACGCUGGCCACGGGGGUCGGGGUGGGCUUCGUGGUGGGGUCCAUCAUGGGGAUGGCGAUCGGCUCGGUGGAGGGGCCGGCGGGGUUCGUGGUGGGUGGGACCGUGGGAGGGAUAGUGGGUGGAGCCAGUGGAGGAGCCGUUCAAGUGGCGAUCGAGCACAUCGAGGACAGAGUGGGGCCAAAUCCCAACAACUUUAACACUGUCUUCAUCAAUCGCUUCUUCCGCAGCCCACGUUCUUCGCUACGCUAA